GCAGUGCCAGUUCAGUUCCCCUGAGAAUCUCGAGCAAGAACGUUCUCUCUUAACUUGAGAUUGUUGCUUUAAUUAUUAUCCUUUCGGUUUCCCCGUUUAUUUAUUUCCGUCCGAGUUACAUUCGCUAAUUUGAAUACUGCACGUGCUUGUUCUCCUUUAAAGAUAAAUUACAUUUCAUUAAUAAUUAAUAAUAAAUAUUAUUUGUUUAUUCUCGAGACAGUCUAAGUGAAAAUUUAUAAAUUCGGACCAAAAGUAGUGACCAAAAAAAUUAGUGUAAUAAAAGUUUGGACAAGUGAAACUUCAGCCCCGGGCGGAACUUUCGUGCAGACAAUUUGGGCUCUCACCUGUGCUGCAUUCUGCAGCCUGGACAUUUAUUUUUUAUUUUUUAUAGCCUUUAUCUCCUCUCGGAGAAACUCUGUUAUAUUUUGGAGGCUCUUGGAGGUUUUGACAUGCACCCCGACAGGGCAAAGCCGCUGAAAUUCUCCGUGGCUCGUUAAUAUUGAUCCACGGAGCUGGUCUGGAGUCACACGCGUGACCGACACGCGCCAACAUCCAGAGACAGCACGCGAGUCCUCGGGAGGAAUUCUCAAAAUAAGUCACCGUGACGUGCCCCGAUUAUAUAUAAUUAUUUGUUAUUUGUUAUUUUGAUUUCAACGGGUAAUUUUCACCUGUCAAGAUGGACACUGUGCUUGAGAAAAUUGGAAAAUUCAACCUGAGGAUUCCAAGCUGUUCGUUGAAGAGUCCCCAGCCUUUGAAGGAGUUUGUGGUGCACUGCCAAACGAUGCCGUCGAGAGUAAAGAAAUCAUUCUGCGGUUGCUUGCAGGAUGAUGAACCGCCAGAAAUUACAUACUGCGUGGUGGAGCAGACGGGGACACUCACGCUACAGGCAAUGACACCGACGCUUCCCAUGCCAGCGGAAGAGGAGCUGAACAAGAUGUUCCUGGAGUUGGUAGACGAGCUCGAUCUCACGCAAGCUAAUCGUCAGGCAGUGUUGGCCCUUCCUGCGAACAAAAAGUGGCAAAUCUACUGCUCCAGGAAGGGCAACGACACCUUGGACAACGGAGGGCUCAGGACCACUGACCUUAGUGGUGACCCUGAGGAUUACAUCAACAGGAUCCGAGUGAUAGCCAGCACCACCUUCUCCGAGGACGCGGAAGAACUGUCCAACCAAAUGCGACAAGCAGAAGCUCUGAAGACUGCCCUAAGGACCCAGCCGCACAGUUUCGUCCUCAGGUUCAUCGAGCUCGACGGGUUGAAUGCUCUCUUGCAGGUCUUGGGGACGAUAGACGUCGAGGCGGCCAACAGCAACCUUCAUACCAGCGUGAUAGGAUGUCUCAAGGCGUUGAUGAAUAAUUCUAACGGCAGAGCUCAUGUUCUGGCGCAUCCGACAGCAAUCAACACAAUCUCCCAGUCGCUGGCGACUGAGAACAUCAAGGCCAAGAUAUCCGUCCUGGAGAUCCUGGGAGCUGUGUGUUUAGUUCCGGGCGGCCACCGCAAGGUUCUAGAAGCCAUGCUGCACUUCCAGCAGUUCCAUUCAGAACGCACAAGGUUCCAAAGCAUAAUCAACGACCUGGACCGGAACUUUGGGGUCUACAAGGACAAUCUAUCUUUAAAGACAGCGAUCAUGUCCUUCAUCAACGCGGUUCUGAACUACGGACCUGGCCAAGUCACCAUGGAGUUCCGGCUGCAUCUGAGAUACGAGUUGCUGAUGCUCGGAAUCCAGCCGAUUAUUGAAAAGCUUCGUAAGUAUGAAAACGAAACCUUGGACAGGCAUCUGGACUUUUUUGAAAUGGUCCGGAAUGAAGAUGAGAAAGAACUGGCCAGGAAGUUUGAGAAAGAACACGUUGAUACCAAAAGCGCGACGGCUAUGUUUGAUCUUCUGAGGCGGAAAUUGAGCCACACUGCAGCCUACACGCAUUUAUUAAGUUUGUUGGAGCACUGUUUGCUUCUGCCGCUGGACUAUGGAUCUUAUCCUCAGCAUUGGCUGCUUUUUGAUCGAAUUGUCCAGCAGAUUGUACUUCAGUCUGAGGGCAGCGAAGCCGGCAAGGCUCGGAACCCAGACGUGGCUCCAAUUGACAUCAAUGUCAAGGAAAUUGUCCAUCUUCUGGCCAAGGAGGAGGAAUUGGUCGCUGCUAGGAAGAGGGCUGAAGAAUUGGAGCGUGAUAAUUGUGAAAUGUCUUCUAGACUGGCGAAGAAAGAGCAGGAGCUUGAUCUGAGAACUCAGGAGAAGGAAGACAUAGAGGCGAGUCUUGCGAGGAUCAAGGAACGCCUUGAAAAGGAGACUUCUAUGCACAUUGAGACCAAGCAGAAGAUCUCCGAGCUUCAGGACAAUGUUGAGACUCUGUCAAGGCAGGUUAAUAAUGAGAAGUCGGAGAGGAAGAGGCUUGAACAGUUGGUCGCUUCUGGAAGUCUUCCUGAUGACGCUAAGGCAACUAUCAAGAUUGUCGAUGAUGAUGUAGAGGAGAAAGUUGAAUCAAAGCCCACUCCGCCGCCGCCGCCACCUCCACCUCCGCUAGCUCCGCCACCUCCGCCGUGCUUGAUGCCCAUCGCUCCUCCGCCGAUGAAGAUGGAGAUCAUUAAAAAUGUUCCUCAGCCUAGUAAUCCCUUGAAGUCGUUCAAUUGGUCGAAGAUUCCGGAGCAGAAGCUCCAAGGAACGAUUUGGUCUGAGCUGGAUGACUCCAAGCUGUACAAUGUGAUGGAUCUGGAGUCUAUUGAUAAGAUUUUCUGCGCUUAUCAGAAAAAUGGAAUCCCUGCUGAAGGAUCCAUUGAGGAUUUGAGGAAUUUGGGGAAGAACAAGAAGACCAUGUCGGUGAUUGACUCCAGACGAGCGCAAAAUUGCACUAUUUUGCUGUCUAAAUUGAAGAUGUCUGAUAAUGAAAUCACGAGGACCAUUUUGUCGAUGGACCAGCAGAAUAUUCUUCACAUUGACAUGGUGGAGCAGUUACUGAAGUAUAUUCCCUCGUCGGAAGAAGCAGCUCUGUUGGAUAUGAACCAAAAGGACUUGCAGAGCAGAGCUGACUGUUUUCUGUAUCAAAUUUCAAAAGUGCCGCAUUACGAGCAGCGCCUGAGGUCUUUGCACUACAAGAAAAAGUUUUCAGCGAGCAUUGCGGAAUUGACGCCGAGGAUGCGUGCCGUCCUCGAGGCAAGCCGACAGGUUGCCAGAUCUCGACGACUCAGGAAGUUGCUCGAACUGGUUCUUGCGCUGGGAAAUUACGUCAAUCGUGGAAACGCUCGCGGCAACGCCUGCGGCUUUCGAUUGGCCUCCUUGAACCGGCUGGUUGAUACCAAGUCCUCCUGCUCGAAAGGCACCACCUUGCUUCAUUAUUUGGUUCAGAUCUUGGAGUCUAGGUUCAGGGAGGUUUUGGAUAUUGAAGAGGAUAUGCCUCAUGUGAAGACUGCUGCUCGGGUUAGCAUGGCUGAUCUUCAGAAGGAAGUUGCUAAUCUUAAAAAUGGAUUGCAGGAUGUUCAGAGGGAGAUUGAAUUCCAUCGAGCUCAAGCCCAAGUUCUCCAAGGCGACAUGUUCCUGCCUGCCAUGCGUGACUUCCAAGCACAAGCAACCUGCCGACUAGCAGAAGCCGAAGAUCUGUUCCAGGACAUGAAGACCAGAUUUGACAGAGCAGUCAGACUCUUCGGUGAAGACUCUGCCGGAGUUCAGCCCGAUGAGUUCUUCGGAAUCUUCGAAAACUUCCUCCAAGCCUUGACAGAGGCCAGGGCCGAUGUUGAGAACAUGAGAAAAAAAGUCGAAGAAGAGGAACGUCGCGCUAAACAAGAGCAAGAACUGAAGAAGCGAACGAUGGAGAGAAAAAACUCACGAGAAGGCAUUCUCAACAGCAUCGCGCUCAACAAGAAGAACGAGAGCAACGGCCAGGGAGACAAUAAAGGCGAGUUCGACGACUUAAUCUCCGCGCUAAGGACUGGAGACGUUUUUGGGGAGGAUAUUGCUAAAUUUAAGAGGUCCAAGCGCCGUCCUGUCACUCCCAGCAGCCAAGAUUCCCGCAGACACAGUAUCCACCGAGAAGACUCUCGCGAGCGGCAUUAAGACAUCUCUCUCUCUCUCUCCUUCUAUACUCGCUGUCGGUAACUUGUCGGCGCACGACUCUGUCGAGUCCUUUUCUGUCUCUUGUGAAUAGUUUACCCUCUAACUUUCUCCAACAGUUGAUAAUCAUUGUUGUUUUUCAUUCUUCGAUAAUCGGUUGGAGACAAACUUGUAGAUUAGUUUGCCAACUUUGAUUACUGAGGAUUUAAAAUUUUGUUUUUUUAUUUUAUAAUUUAUUUGUGUAGUUACAUUAUCGGGUUUUCUCGGUAAUUUAACUACGAGACUGCAAACUAAUGUAUAGUGCCAAGAUGUUUAACGAAACAAGGUUGAUCCUUUCUAUAGAGAAACAUAUCUAGAAAUUUGUUUAAGAAAUUCUAAAUAACAUUAUUAUUAUUAUUAAUUAUUAAUAUUUUUUCAGUCUAAUUUGAAUAAUGGUAUGUGGAAAAUUUUUAAGAUAUGUCUAGUUAUCCUUAAAAAGAUUAUAUUUUGAUAUAUUUAGCCAGAUAUGGUUUAAUAUAUUCAGAUAUAAUUUUUAAUAGGUCUUAAUGAGGUCUGGUAUUAAUAUUGGCUAUAUUGGGUAUCAAUACUGGCUAUAUUAUCGGUAUUAGAUUCUAAUAUCAGCUAUAUUGGCUAUAUUUGAUGUAAAUACCAGCUAUAUUAGCUAUAAAAGCUAUAUUAGGUAUCAAUACUGGCUAUAUUGUCUGUAUUAGAUUCUAAUAUCGGUUAUAUUAGCUAUAUGAGCUAUAUUAGAAAUAAAUAUCGGCUAUAUUGAAUAUACAUGUGGGCUAUAUUGGCUAUCAAAGCUAUAUGAGGUAUUAAUACCGGCUAUAUUGUCUGUAUUAGAUUCUAAUGUUGGCUAUAUAAGCUAUAUUAGAUACAAACUUGGGCUAUAUUGGUUAUAUAAGCUAUGUUAGGUAUCAAUACCGGCUAUAUUGUCUGUAUUAGAAACUAAUAUCGGGUAUAUUAGCUAUAUAAGUUAUAUUUGAUGUAAAUAUGGGCUGUAUUAGUUAGCUAUAUAAGCUAUAUUGGAUAUCAAUACCGGCUAUAUUGUCUGUAUUCGAUACUAAUGUUGGCUAUAUAACCUAUAUCAGGUAUCAAUAUUGGCUAUACUAGCUAUAUUUGAUAUAAGUAUGAGUUAUAUUGGCUAUAUGAGCUAUAUUAGGUUUUGAUACCGGCUAUAUUGUCUGUAUUAGAUUCUAAUAUCGGCUAUAUUGGCUAUAUGAGCUAUAUUAGGUAUCAAUAUCAGCUAUAUUAUCUGUGUUAGAUACUAAUGUUGACUAUAUUAGCUAUAUUAGGUAUCAAUAUUGGCUAUACUAGCUAUAUUUGACAUCAAUAUUGGCUAUAUUCGAUAUAUUAGGUCACAUAUAGACAAAUUAAGCUAUAUAUAGAUAUAUUAGACUUGAUAUGACUUCAUAUGUCCUCAAAUGACCAUAAAAAAAUUCUGACAUGUUUAUAGACCAUUUUCAAUAUGUUUUGGUCUUAAAAUUGGCUAUAUUAGAUCUACUAUAGCUAUAGCAAUAAAUGUUUGGCUAUAUAUAGCUUCAAAUGUCCACAUAUGACCCUCAAAACAGCCUGACAUAAAAAUUGGUCAUAUCAAAAAUUUUUUUCACGAAAUCCCAAAACGGAUAAAACUAAUCGUAAAAUUAGAUUCGAAAAAGUGUUAUUAAUAUUAUUUAAAAAUAUUAAUAUAAAUCCCGUAGGAAUGUUUGCGGUGCAAUAUAACUUUAAUAAUAUAUCCACGGAGAAAUCUAAAAUCUUUAUGCCUCAGUCGUAAAUUAAAAACACAUAUAUUUUAAAUAAUAAAAUUUUACCGGUACGGAGUUUUUAUAAAUUAGAAUCUCAUUAGAAAGUAACUUUUCUAAAUCCAAUUUUGAUUAAUAGCCUCUGAAGAAUUAAAAUUUUCAAUUUUACACCUGAGGUAAUCUGUAAUUGACAUGUAAAAAAAUUUAUUUACUUUUCUUUUUUUAAAUUCCGACUUACAGUCUUAAGUCAUAAAUACUAUAUUAUAAUAUUUCUAUAUAUUUUACGUGAAAUUGAGUCAUUUAAAUUUAAGUGAUGUCUGCUCGUAGGACCAACACAUGUGUUACAACUUGUGAUUUUAACGAUUAAGUCAAGUACAGCUUGGGAACUUAAGCGAGAAAUUAAAA